AUGUCGGCAUCGAUCCUCAGAUACCUUAUGCCGUCGCUGGCCAGGCGGCCGGCUGUUGCCCCAGUCCCAGUCAAAGCCACUUGGUCCUCGAUACCACGAUCUUUCUCGACGACUCCCUCGCCGCAAGCGACAUUGAACCAGGUUAUGAGAAAAAUCCGAACUGGCAAGCGCGCCCGCCACGCCGUCUCACCCGCUCUCGCCGAUACACAGUGCCCGCAGCAAAAGGGCGUCUGCCUCAAGGUCGGUAUUCAGCGACCCAAGAAGCCCAACUCCGGCGAGCGCAAGACGGCCCGUGUGCGUCUGAGCUCUGGCCGUCAGAUCACGGCCUACAUUCCCGGAGAGGGUCACAACAUCCAGCAGCACAGCGUCGUGCUUGUUCGCGGCGGUCGCAGUCAGGAUUGUCCCGGUGUGCGAUACCACUUGGUGAGAGGCGCAUUGGAUUUGAGUGGUGUUGCCAACAGAAUGUCAAGUCGCAGCAAGUACGGAACCAAGAAGCCUAAGAAGGCUUCAGUUGGUGCAUAA